AUGACCCUUGAUACUACGCGACUGCACGUAUCACCUCUGACGCCUGAUCUCCUCCCGGUUGUGCUGGGUUCAACGUUCAAGAGUGCUGCACAGAAUAUAUCAUAUCACGAGCUCCAGACGUACCCCGAAAAGAACUACGGUUUCAUCGAAUUGCCUACGGCGGAUGCCGCGCAAUUCAAGAAGAAACUGAGUGGCGCCAUUUUGAAAGGCACCAAGAUGAAGGUAGAAGAAGCAAGACCAAAGAAGUCGUCAAGGCGAACAGUGCAAGACACGGAGCCUGCGCGAGGCGCAGACUCUAGCCUCAAAACGAAACGGAAGCGCAAGGUCGCGGAUGACGAUGUUAUGACUGGUCAUCUGCUGUCGCCCGAGCGCAAAGUACAACGCGGAUGGACCGAGGCGCGUAAAGAGAAGAGGGGGAAGAAAGAUGAUGCGAAGACUGAAAGGCAACAUUCCAAAUACACAGACAAGGAUGAGCUUUUGUUCAGGACAAGGGUACCUCCGAAUAAAAGCAAUCUGGUAUUGAAGAAGUCCAAACAGGCGAGAAAGGCUAGGCAUGGAGCGGAAGAGCAUACUGUGCAUGAGUUCGAGAAAACCACGUCGGAACCAUCUUUUCUAAAGCAUGAGCAAGCCCACAACAAGACCAGCCUGGAGUAUGUCGACGGCAAAGGCUGGGUUGACGAACAUGGCAAUGUGGUGGAAGGAGAGCCUUCAUCAGUCAAGCGGAAACGGACGCAAUCCAAGCGUACCGUAACAACCGGCCCGAGCUCGAAGAAAGCGCAGAAGCCACCCACGGAGGGGAAAGGUCACCUAGCCGUUGACCGGGACGCCGACACAGACUCGCCUUCCAUGGACAGUUCUUCAUCGGACGAUAAUGCCGAACAGGAUUCGGGGUCCACUGGUUCUUCGUCAAGAUUGAGUACACCAAAGCAUACACUGAAUGCCGCAGGCAACGCCAAUGUCGAGCCUCUUAAGGCCCAUCCGCUGGAGACAAUAUUCAAGAAGCCGCAGAAGCCUGUAUCGCAAGAUGUCGCCAAACCCUCGCUAGAAGUAUCCACGGCAUUCUCAUUUUUUGGCGGUGGAACGGAUGACAUUGAAGAUGAGCCGGAGAUCCCCUUGACUCCAUUUACUUCUCAAGAGAUGAGGAAUCGUGGUCUACGAAGUGCCGCCCCAACGCCCGACACCGCCUAUCCCAGCCGCUUCAAUAGCUACGACAGUGCUGGCUUAACAGAAGGCGAGCUGUCAGAAGAAGAUGGGGAUGAGUCUGAGGCAAAAGGUGGUGGCCCGAGAGAGCCGUCACCCAAGCAGCUGAGGAGCGCGAGCAAACAUCCUUCUGGCACUAGCAACUUCGAGAAAAUGUUCUGGGACAAGCGAGGAGAUAACAACCGGGCUUGGAAAGCUAGGCGGAGAGCUGUACUGAAGGACAAGCGACAUCGAGAGAAUCGGGCACGACGGCCAAAAACUUGGUAG